AAGAGCAGGGACGCCCCGCAGGGCCCGGGCCCGGGCCCCCGCCCCGCCCCGCCGGGCUGCGCGCCGGCCGGCUGGGGACGCGGAGCAGCCCCGGGGAAUGCGGCGGCCGCGACCCCUGGCGCCCCUCCGCGAGUGCGCCGCGCCCCUCGGCCGCCUGCCCCGCGGGCCCCCCCCAUGGCGGCGCGGUGGUUCAAGGAGUUUCCGCUGAACCUGAAGACGGCGUCCGAGCGCGCCCGGCCCGGUGGCGGCGGCGGCCGACUGCGCAAGAACUCGGAGGCGGGCGGCGCCGCGCCGGCCCCCGGCAAGGGCCGCAAGAACUCGGCGGCCGAGCUGGGGGGCGGCCGGGCCGGCGGCGGCGCCCCCAGGGACAGCCGGCCGCCCCGGGACAGCCUGCAGGGCCUGAUCCAGGCCGCCGCGGGCAAGGGCCGCAAGAACUCGCGGGCCGCCGAGGACGAGCCGCACCGGGGCGUGGCCAGGAGCGCGGGCUGCAGCACCUACAUCAGCAGGCUCAUCAAGGUGGACGCGCAGGAGAAGAACUGCGGCGGCGGCGGCGGCAGUAGCAGCCCCAGCUCCAGCGCCUCUUCCUCCGCGUCCUCGUCCCCUGCCUCCCUGGGCCCCGAACCGGACAAGGGCAAGGUCGUGAGGCAGCAAGACACGGUCAUCAUCUUAGAAGACUACGCUGAUCCUUACGAUGCCACGCGGACAAAAGGUCAGAGGGACGCAGAGAGAGUGGGAGAGAAUGACGGGUACAUGGAGCCCUAUGACGCGCAGCAGAUGAUAACAGAAAUCCGACGCCGAGGUUCCAAGGAUCCCUUGGUGAAGGCUCUUCAGCUGCUGGACGGUCCCUGCGAGGCGGGCGACAGCGGCACGAAAUCGGAGACGUCAGCCAAGAGACGGAGCUCCAAGGACCUCCUGGGGAAGCCCCCCCAGCUGUACGACACGCCUUACGAGCCCACGGACGGCGGCCCCAGGACAGAGGAGCGGAGGACACGACUGCCCGCGGGGGACGAGCGGCCAGCAGCCGAGUACGAGCAGCCCUGGGAGUGGAAGAAGGAGCAGAUCGCCAGGGCCCUGUCAGUUCAGUUUGAAGGCUCUGAGCGACCUUCCGUCAAGGAGGACGCGGUGAGGCCGCACCCCCGUCAGAAGAGCUGGACACCCAAGGUCUUGAAGCCGGCCGCCUCCGAGCACGGCGAGGGCGAGAAGGUGGACCCAGCCCUGCCGCUGGGGAAGCAGCCUUGGUACCAUGGCGCCAUCACCCGUGCGGAGGCCGAGAGCCGGCUGCAGCCCUGCAGGGAAGCUGCCUACCUGGUCCGCAGCAGCGAGUCCGGGAACAGCAGGUACACCAUCGCACUGAAGACUAGCCAAGGGUGUGUCCACAUCAUAGUGGCCCAGACCAAAGACAGCAAGUACACGCUGGACCAGACGAGCGCGGUCUUUGGCAGCAUCCCCGAGGUGGUGCACCACUACUCCAGCGAGAAGUUGCCUUUCAAGGGGGCGGAACACAUGACCUUGCUGCACCCCGUGCACAGCAAGCUGCACUAAGGUCCGGCCCGCAAAGCGCCGGCCAGGCCCCUCCUCCCGCGACGUCGGCGCCCAACCAGCAUCCGGGGGGCGAGGCGGGGACCGCACCCCGGGGCUUGGUGCGGAGCGAGUCUCCGUCUAGAGGGCAAAACCUGGGGUCCUAAGUCCAUUCCGUGACGCUCGGUCGUUGACCUGUUGCUUUUCCACAAUGAGAAAUCCUGAUUUAC